AUGAUUUUAGUGAACGAGACAGCAAUUAGUGCCGGUAUCAAACACUGGGAGGAGAGCACCUGUAUCAUUUUCCAGCGCGUCAGCCCCGAGUUGAAAAUCACUCCACUCAUUGAAUUUAUCAAAGGAGAUGGAUGUUACUCGAACGUUGGAGCAUAUCGGCAUGGUCGGCAGUAUGUUUCGAUUGACGAGGGAUGCAAUACACUUGGCACCGUUGCGCAUGAAAUCGGGCACGUGUUGGGUUUGUUUCACGAACAGGCGCGUUUCGAUCGCGAUAAUUAUGUUCAAGUUGUGCAUACAAAUAUCGCUUACGAAUACGCUGGACAGUUCGUAAAGCAAUCGCUGGAUACAAUCAAUCCGUUUGGCGUGGAUUACGACCUUGGAUCAGCGAUGCAUUACGAUCAGUUUGCAUUUUCUGGAAAUGGCCUACCUACGCUGCGGACACUUGACCAUAAUUAUCAGUUAACAAUUGGGCAGCGAAAGCAGCUAUCCUUCAAUGAUAUCAAAAAAAUCAAUUUUGCUUAUUGCAAUCGGACAUGCAUCCUGCAGCUGCCAUGUCAACGUGGCGGUUACACGGAUCCUAAACUAUGCAGUCGAUGCCGUUGUCCGGAACCAUUCAGCGGAAUUUUUUGUGAGUUACCACGACCAGGUAGUUCACUGUGCGGUACACUCGAACAUCAUGCCAAUGAGGCUAUACAAACGUUGACAAUGGCUGGUGUUGGAGAAUGCAAUUAUGUUAUCAAAAUUUUCAUGUUACAGGCAAAACCAUCAAAACGGAUCUAUUUAUUAUUUGAUGCGUUCAAAUUCGACUCGUCGGUGCUAUGCGGUGACAGCUUCACCGAAGUACGCUACAAGGAUGUUAGCAACACGGGCGCUAGGUUCUGCAAUGUGAAGCCGGAGCCGCUGGUAAGUGAGACGAAUGAAGCUAUCGUCAUGUAUCAUGGUGAUGCGCUCAGCUAUUUUGUCAUUCGAUUUCGAGCUUUGGAGCAGUCAGAAACCGAUUCGAAAACAGCCGUAAAAUCAAUCAGCGUGCUUAAUUUUAUUCCUUACGAUGUGGAUUUGGGGAUCCCCGCGACUAAACUCGUACCAACGUAA